AUGAUCGAUCAAACUGCCAGCCUCCAGGUGGCCCAUAGCGUGCACAUGUGCUCGGUCCCUCUGCAGUCAUCUGCCUUUCUCCAUGAUUCUACCAGCCUUCUCUCUCUUGCUACAAGUCCAUCCUCCCAUCCACAACACCCCGUAUGCCAUCUCCAUUUCUCUUCCUACCCCACCAUCCUCCGACCCUCUCACUCUCCCUCCACCCUCCUGUUGCCACACCCACACUCCCACGUCCCCACCACCACCACCACCACCACCACCACCACCACCACCACCACCACCACCAUCACGCAUGGCAGGACGGUGUCUCAUAAUCGACUGGAAGGCAAUGUUCCCAAGACCAUCUCCUCCCUCACCAACCUCCAGAAGCUGUCAGUCACAUGCACGCAUGGAUGCACGGAUGCAGUGUGCGUCUGUCCCUCUCGCCCUGCCCCUCUCGCCCUGCCCCUCUCGCCCUGCCCCUCUCGCCCUGCCCCUCUCGCCCUGCCCCUCUCGCCCUGCCCCUCUCGCCCUGCCCCUCUCGCCCUGCCCCUCUCGCCCGGCCCCUCUCGCCCUGCCCCUCUCGCCCUGUCCCUCUCGCCCUGCCCCUCUCGCCCUGCCCCUCUCGCCCUGCCCCUCUCGCCCUGCCCCUCUCGCCCUGCCCCUCUCGCCCUGCCCCUCUCGCCCGGCCCCUCUCGCCCUGCCCCUCUCGCCCUGCCCCUCUCGCCCUGCCCCUCUCGCCCUGCCCCUCUCGCCCUGCCCCUCUCGCCCUGCCCCUCUCGCCCUGCCCCUCUCGCCCUGCCCCUCUCGCCCUGUCCCUCUCGCCCUGCCCCUCUCGCCCUGCCCCUCUCGCCCUGCCCCUCUCGCCCUGCCCCUCUCGCCCGGCCCCUCUCGCCCUGCCCCUCUCGCCCUGUCCCCUCUCGCCCUGCCCCUCUCGCCCUGCCCCUCUCGCCCUGCCCCUCUCGCCCUGCCCCUCUCGCCCUGCCCCUCUCGCCCUGCCCCUCUCGCCCUGCCCCUCUCGCCCUGCCCCUCUCGCCCUGCCCCUCUCGCCCUGCCCCUCUCGCCCUGCCCCUCUCGCCCUGCCCCUCUCGCCCUGCCCCUCUCGCCCUGCCCCUCUCGCCCUGCCCCUCUCGCCCUGCCCCUCUCGCCCUGCCCCUCUCGCCCUGCCCCUCUCGCCCUGCCCCUCUCGCCCUGCCCCUCUCGCCCUGCCCCUCUCGCCCUGCCCCUCUCGCCCUGCCCCUCUCGCCCUGCCCCUCUCGCCCUGCCCCUCUCGCCCUGCCCCUCUCGCCCUGCCCCUCUCGCCCUGCCCCUCUCGCCCUGCCCCUCUCGCCCUGCCCCUCUCGCCCUGCCCCUCUCGCCCUGCCCCUCUCGCCCUGCCCCUCUCGCCCUGCCCCUCUCGCCCUGCCCCUCUCGCCCUGCCCCUCUCGCCCUGCCCCUCUCGCCCUGUCCCUCUCGCCCUGCCCCUCUCGCCCUGCCCCUCUCGCCCUGCCCCUCUCGCCCUGCCCCUCUCGCCCUGCCCCUCUCGCCCUGUCCCUCUCGCCCUGCCCCUCUCGCCCUGCCCCUCUCGCCCUGCCCUCUCGCCCUGCCCCUCUCGCCCUGCCCCUCUCGCCCUGCCCCUCUCGCCCUGCCCCUCUCGCCCUGCCCCUCUCGCCCUGCCCCUCUCGCCCUGCCCCUCUCGCCCUGCCCCUCUCGCCCUGCCCUCUCGCCCUGCCCCUCUCGCCCUGCCCCUCUCGCCCUGCCCCUCUCGCCCUGCCCCUCUCGCCCUGCCCCUCUCGCCCUGCCCCUCUCGCCCUGCCCCUCUCGCCCUGCCCCUCUCGCCCUGCCCCUCUCGCCCUGCCCCUCUCGCCCUGCCCCUCUCGCCCUGCCCCUCUCGCCCUGCCCCUCUCGCCCUGCCCCUCUCGCCCUGCCCCUCUCGCCCUGCCCCUCUCGCCCUGCCCCUCUCGCCCUGCCCCUCUCGCCCUGUCCCUCUCGCCCUGCCCCUCUCGCCCUGCCCCUCUCGCCCUGUCCCUCUCGCCCUGCCCCUCUCGCCCUGCCCCUCUCGCCCUGCCCCUCUCGCCCUGUCCCUCUCGCCCUGCCCCUCUCGCCCUGCCCCUCUCGCCCUGCCCCUCUCGCCCUGCCCCUCUCGCCCUGCCCCUCUCGCCCUGCCCCUCUCGCCCUGCCCCUCUCGCCCUGCCCCUCUCGCCCGCCCUGCCCCUCUCGCCCUGCCCCUCUCGCCCUGCCCCUCUCGCCCUGCCCCUCUCGCCCUGCCCCUCUCGCCCUGCCCCUCUCGCCCUGCCCCUCUCGCCCUGCCCCUCUCGCCCUGCCCCUCUCGCCCUGCCCCUCUCGCCCUGCCCCUCUCGCCCUGCCCCUCUCGCCCUGCCCCUCUCGCCCUGCCCCUCUCGCCCUGCCCCUCUCGCCCUGCCCCUCUCGCCCUGUCCCUCUCGCCCUGCCCCUCUCGCCCUGCCCCUCUCGCCCUGUCCCUCUCGCCCUGCCCCUCUCGCCCUGCCCCUCUCGCCCUGCCCCUCUCGCCCUGCCCCUCUCGCCCUGCCCCUCUCGCCCUGCCCCUCUCGCCCUGCCCCUCUCGCCCUGCCCUCUCGCCUGCCCUCUCGCCCUGCCCCUCUCGCCCUGCCCCUCUCGCCCUGCCCCUCUCGCCCUGCCCCUCUCGCCCUGCCCCUCUCGCCCGCCCUGCCCCUCUCGCCCUGCCCCUCUCGCCCUGCCCCUCUCGCCCUGCCCCUCUCGCCCUGCCCCUCUCGCCCUGCCCCUCUCGCCCUGCCCCUCUCGCCCUGCCCCUCUCGCCCUGCCCCUCUCGCCCUGCCCCUCUCGCCCUGCCCCUCUCGCCCUGCCCCUCUCGCCCUGCCCCUCUCGCCCUGCCCCUCUCGCCCUGCCCCUCUCGCCCUGCCCCUCUCGCCCUGCCCCUCUCGCCCUGCCCCUCUCGCCCUGCCCCUCUCGCCCUGCCCCUCUCGCCCUGCCCCUCUCGCCCUGCCCCUCUCGCCCUGCCCCUCUCGCCCUGCCCCUCUCGCCCUGCCCCUCUCGCCCUGCCCCUCUCGCCCUGCCCCUCUCGCCCUGCCCCUCUCGCCCUGUCCCCUCUCGCCCUGCCCCUCUCGCCCUGCCCCUCUCGCCCUGUCCCUCUCGCCCUGCCCCUCUCGCCCUGCCCCUCUCGCCCUGCCCCUCUCGCCCUGUCCCUCUCGCCCUGCCCCUCUCGCCCUGCCCCUCUCGCCCUGCCCCUCUCGCCCUGCCCCUCUCGCCCUGCCCCUCUCGCCCUGCCCCUCUCGCCCUGCCCCUCUCGCCCUGCCCCUCUCGCCCGCCCUGCCCCUCUCGCCCUGCCCCUCUCGCCCUGCCCCUCUCGCCCUGCCCCUCUCGCCCUGCCCCUCUCGCCCUGCCCCUCUCGCCCUGCCCCUCUCGCCCUGCCCCUCUCGCCCUGCCCCUCUCGCCCUGCCCCUCUCGCCCUGCCCCUCUCGCCCUGCCCCUCUCGCCCUGCCCCUCUCGCCCUGCCCCUCUCGCCCUGCCCCUCUCGCCCUGUCCCUCUCGCCCUGCCCCUCUCGCCCUGCCCCUCUCGCCCUGCCCCUCUCGCCCUGCCCCUCUCGCCCUGCCCCUCUCGCCCUGUCCCUCUCGCCCUGCCCCUCUCGCCCUGCCCCUCUCGCCCUGCCCCUCUCGCCCUGCCCCUCUCGCCCUGCCCCUCUCGCCCUGCCCCUCUCGCCCUGCCCCUCUCGCCCUGCCCCUCUCGCCCUGCCCCUCUCGCCCUGCCCCUCUCGCCCUGCCCCUCUCGCCCUGCCCCUCUCGCCCGCCCUGCCCCUCUCGCCCUGCCCCUCUCGCCCUGCCCCUCUCGCCCUGCCCCUCUCGCCCUGCCCCUCUCGCCCUGCCCCUCUCGCCCUGCCCCUCUCGCCCUGCCCCUCUCGCCCUGCCCCUCUCGCCCUGCCCCUCUCGCCCUGCCCCUCUCGCCCUGCCCCUCUCGCCCUGCCCCUCUCGCCCUGCCCCUCUCGCCCUGCCCCUCUCGCCCUGCCCCUCUCGCCCUGUCCCUCUCGCCCUGCCCCUCUCGCCCUGCCCCUCUCGCCCUGCCCCUCUCGCCCUGCCCCUCUCGCCCUGCCCCUCUCGCCCUGCCCCUCUCGCCCUGCCCUCUCGCCCUGCCCCUCUCGCCCUGCCCCUCUCGCCCUGCCCCUCUCGCCCUGCCCCUCUCGCCCUGCCCCUCUCGCCCUGCCCCUCUCGCCCUGCCCCUCUCGCCCUGCCCCUCUCGCCCUGCCCCUCUCGCCCUGCCCCUCUCGCCCUGCCCCUCUCGCCCUGCCCCUCUCGCCCUGCCCCUCUCGCCCUGCCCCUCUCGCCCUGUCCCUCUCGCCCUGCCCCUCUCGCCCUGCCCCUCUCGCCCUGCCCCUCUCGCCCUGCCCCUCUCGCCCUGCCCCUCUCGCCCUGCCCCUCUCGCCCUGCCCCUCUCGCCCUGCCCCUCUCGCCCUGCCCCUCUCGCCCUGCCCCUCUCGCCCUGCCCCUCUCGCCCUGCCCCUCUCGCCCUGCCCCUCUCGCCCUGCCCCUCUCGCCCUGCCCCUCUCGCCCUGUCGCUCCCUCCAUGAAUCUCUUCCCUUUCUUCUCUGCGUCUGUCCCACACUUAUCGUUCUCAGCGCCUCCCUGCGUGUGUGUACCCACAAGCACCCACAUGGACCCACAGUAUCCCACUACUUUCCUUCUGGGAAUACUCACAGCGCUCCCCCACGCACCCAUGAGCAUCUGCGUCCCUGUUUCCUUUCUGCAACCCCCGUUUCUACCCGUCUCUCUGCCAUCCGGCCUGCGCUCUUUAUCCCGUGUGUCUCCUCCCGACCCAGCAGGAGUAUGUUCAACAACUCGUUCUCGGGUGACAUCCCUCCUGCCAUCUAUGGACUCAAGGCGCUCAACUUGCUGGAGCUAGGGCGCAACUACUUCACGGGGUCCUUCCCCUCGCAGUUCGGUGACCUGGUUAACCUCCAGUACUUUCAUUACCUAAUAAACCUUCCCUCUUCUCGUCAUUCCAAUCUUUCCUCCCUCUCCACACACACCAUCUCCUCGUUCCCCUCCACGAGCAUCAGUCAGCUGGGCGGCAAUCAGCUCACCGGCUCCAUCCCUGCUUCCUUCUCCAACCUCGUCAACCUGCAAGGCUUGUGCGUUGCUCCUCCUCCCUCUGCUCCUCACCUCUCUGUGCCUCCCCUCUCUGCAUCACUCCCUAUUCAGCAACGGGAUAAUGAAACACUUUUGCGUUGCCUCCCUUACAACUCCCUCACCCCCUUACUCUUUCUCACCCUUCCCAUCCCUCGACAUCCUUCCCCACCUUCUCCUCCCCCGCGCCCUACCUGA